AUGGUGAAGGCUUUGUAUGUUUAUUUGGUGCGCCAUGCGGAAUCCAAAAACAACAGUCGUGAGCUGCACGACCUCCGUUCGUCGGUCAACUUGCCAACAACGCCGUCCGCCAGUACCACCGCGCGGGCGUUUGGCAGAGGAGGUGAGAGCGUUGCUGCCGAUGUUUUCGCCAAGAUCGACGAAGAGGACGACAAGACAGGGCAACAGAUGGCCGAGCAGUCGGUGUCUUUGCUGAGCUCCCCUCGGCCAAGUCGAGAGCCUGAUCCUGGUUUGACAGAUCGCGGCAAAUCGCAAGCAGAGGCGGUGGCCCGGCUACUCAGAACAAUCCGGGACGACCCAAAGACGGAGCCAAGGCUCCAACCGCGACUGCUCUUCACUUCCGGAUUUCUCAGAGCCCUUGAGACGUGCUAUCCGAUAGCGGAGAGUUUGCAGACGCCCCCAGAACUACACUCGGAUCUCCACGAGGAAGGGGGCGUCUUCGAGGGACCAAGGAGAGGAGUUCGGCGAGAGUCCUAUCCGAUGCACCAUGGUCUCAAUGCGCAGCGAAUGCGUGAAGUUCUUCCCUCACUCAAAGUGACGGAGAGCGUCCCUGAGCAGGGCUGGUGGCCCGGAGGUGUAGAGCAGCCCGCAGCGGCAACUGAUCGCGCACAUCGAUGUGCGGAGUGGCUGUGGAAGUUAGCCGAAGAGCAAGGCAUUGCGCCCAGGAGUGGAGUGAGUGGAGAUGUGGUGUGCCUGGACGGCUGGCCUGGCCGGCCAGCAAACCCUGCCGAAACCAACAUUUUACACACCGUCGCGUACAGAUGCACUGUGGUAGUUCGGUCGGUACCGCGUUUCCAGCUUCGACCAUCCACGGCAGUGCUGCCCAUUUUAUUAGUUUCAUUCAGACACAGGUCCCCAGACGGGUCGGAUGGAGGCUUGGGGGCUCCGUCCGAGCUGUAA